GAAAGAGAGUUUAUGUCUCAACACUCCAACUGUGAUAGUACCCCAAUUUCUGAUAUACCAACACACACUAUAUCACAAUCAGACAGCAAACCUGUCAACACAUCACUGCCAGACAAUGAGCCAGUCAAGACAUCACAAUCGGAUAUCAAACCAGUAAGAACAUCUCAACUAGACAACAAACUACUCGCCACAUCACAACCAGACUGCAAACCAGUCACCACAUCACAACCAGACUGCAAACCAGUCACCGCAUCACAACCAGACUGCAAACUAGUUAGCAAACCAGAACCAGAUAGCAAACCAGUAAGCACAUCACAACUAAACAACAAGAUAGUUAGCAAAUCAGUAAGCACAUCCCAAAUAGACAACAAACUAGUCCGCACUUCACAACCAGAUGUCAAACCGGAAAGCACAUCUCAACUAGGCAAGAAACUAGUCCGCAAAUCACAACCAGAUGUCAAACCGGAAAGCACAUCUCAACUAGGCAAGAAACUAGUCAGCCCAUCACAACCAAACAACAAUCCAGUCAACACAUCACGACUAGACAAUGAGCCAGUCAAGAAAUCUCAACCAGAUAGAAAACCAAUAAACGCAUCUCAACUAGACAAAAUAGUUAGCCCAUCACAACCAGAGAGCAAACCAGUCAGCACAUCACAACUAAACAACAAACUAGUUAGCAAACCAGAACCAGAUAGCAAACCAGUAAGCACAUCCCAAAUAGACAACAAACUUGUCCGCACUUCACAACCAGAUGUCAAACCGGAAAGCACAUCUCAACUAGGCAAGAAACUAGUCAGCACAUCACAACCAAACAACUAUCCAGUCAACACAUCACGACUAGACAAUGAGCCAGUCAAGACAUCUCAACCAGAUAGAAAACCAAUAAACGCAUCUCACCUAGACAACAAAAUAGUUAGCACAUCACAACCAGAGAGCAAACCACUCAGCACAUCACAGCAAGACAAUGAGACAGUCAGGACAUCUCAAUUACACAUUAAACCAGUCAGCACACCACAACUAGACUACAAAGUAGUUGGCACAUCACAACCAGAAAACAAACCAAUCAACAUAUUGCAACUACACAAUGAUCCAUUUAAGACAUCAAAACCAGACUACAACCAAGUCAAGACAUCACAACAUGACAGAAAACCAGCAAGAACAUCUCAGCCAGAUGACAAACUAUUUAGCCCUAUGCAACCCAAUAGCAAACCAGUCAACAUAUUACCACCAUACAGUGAAGUAACCUGCCCAUCUCAACUAAACUGCAAACUAAUCAAGACAACACAUCUAUACCACAAGCCACUAAACACAUCACAACCAGACUCCAUAUUAGUCCAAACAGUGGAACCAGACAGUGAAGUAGCUCACACAUUACAACCAGGAUAUGAGGUUUUAACGGGUACUUUAGAAAGUAAAGACAUUGAGCAGUCUUCUCCAGCUACUAUUGAACCUUCUGUGUGUGAUGCUGAUUCUGAGCAGAUGAGAGGUUACAGUGGUCUGGAAGGCAGUUCUGAACCGCAGAUCAACAGAGUGUCAUUCUCUGAGCCUCUAGCCAUCAGUGUGUCUUUACAGAAACAGACUAAGCAAUCAGAGCUCAGCCAGUGUCAGAUAUUUACACACAUCCAUACACCAGCUGAGCAAGAGCAUGUUCCUGCAUACCAGUCUGUCCCCAACCCUUCUGCUGUAAAUGAGAACUGCCAGACAAUUAGUGACUGUUGCAGUGACAAUAAUGAAUCUAUAGGUGAUUAUAGUAACAGUGCUGAGGAAGUAGGCGGGCCUGUUUUAGCUGCUCUGCAAAGAGAACAGGUAGACUUGGCCUCCAUCACCACAGUGUCUGGGGAGGAUCUGGUUAUGCCCAUUUCACUUGUUCAGGUGAGGAUAGAGCCCUGUGAGGACACAACCACAGUGGCAGAACUCUCAGAAUAUUUCCAGACAAAGCAAGAACAUGCAGAUAGAGAAGAAGAGGAAAUUUUGCCUUAUAAGAAGGCAGAAAAAGUUAUAAAUGGAGGUAAUACAGUGACCGAAAGAAAGACAGCGAGGGAAAUACUAGCAGUUAGUGAGACAGAGGAAGUUGAGACCACUCAAACACUGCUGGGAGAUACCAUUCCCAAGUUUGCCUCUAUGGCAACAAAUACUGGAGUACAGGAGAAGCAUAGCUCCUCUGUUGGGACAGACCUGGAAAAACAAAUGAAUGCUGAAGAGAAAGCAGGAGAGGGAGAGGAGGCAAAGGAGAGAUUUAGUGUGAUCUCCAGCUCAGAGGACACAGAGUACAAUACUGUGAUAUGCCCUGUGGUUGUAAGUGAGCAGGAGGCCAUAUUGACCAACUAUACAAGAGUCCUGUCAACAAGCUCUCAAGUCCCUGAUCCAGUCUCAGAUGUGCCAAUCACAAAUUUACAAACACACCCAGAACAGAUGGACAGACACCCACAGAACACACUGGUGAAGGUAGAGGACACACCCACCACAACUGGAGCAGGGCAAAAAAGAAAGGAGGAGGAGGAGAGAAAGGGGGAAAAGGUGAAGAGCGAGGAGGAGAGGCAAGAGGAUGGGGUUGUUUCCACUGUAAAUGGCUCUCCAGCAGAUCAUCAACAGCAAGCAGACAUUGAGUCCCAUCACCAUCAGCAGGAAGAGUCAGCAUCCAGUCACACAGUAGACAAUAAUGUUUGGCACCCAUCUGCUGCACCUUUACCGGUUAAGAGCCUGUGUGACGAUUCCUCAGUAGUUCCUCUGCUACUGCAGCCCAUUCCCCAGAAGACCCAGCCUGCUCUGAGUGAGGCCCAUGAUAUCAACCCUGAUGUUCUGAGCUCAGGAGUGCUCUGCCUCACUGGAACAAGAGAUAAAUCGGGCCAUGCACUUGUAACAGUGACAAUGAGAAACACUGUCUGGUUGAAUCCACUCUGCAGCAGCGGAGAGCUGGUACGGAUCAUGGUCUACUUCCACACUACACUCAGGAAAGAAGUUAGUGCUCUGGGUUUGACUGUUCUGGUGGAUGCCCGCAGGUGUUCUUCUGUUCUCAUCCUCUUUAAAGCCUUCAGCAUCCUCAAGGAUGCCAUGCCUGGAUGCAUCCAUACAGUACUGCUGCUGGCUGACAGAGAUCUGGCUUUACGCAUUGAGAAAAACUCUUCUAUACAGGUGGAGUUGUUAACAUCGCUGAAAUCUCUCUAUAAGCAUGUGGACAUCUCACAACUGCCCGCUGAGUUUGAUGGCACUUUUCCUUAUUCCCACAACAGCUGGAUCUGUUUCAGAAUGAGGUUGGAGCAUCUGACCAGUCAUUGUGAGGAUGCUGUUAACCUGCUUCAGAACACCAUCAGCAAACUGGAGUCAUCAGCGCUGCCGCCUACAGCAGAGGAGGCCCAUAUUUUAUUGAAUAAGUACAGAGAGCUGAUGAGGACUGUUCUGGAGGACAGCAGGCUAGUGCGACUACAGCUGGAGGGAGGAGCUGCUCUGUCUCGUCUACGAAAAGAAGAGAGCAGUGUCAGCCUCACCGAAGACUACAGAGAUGCUGUCGAGAGUGCAGGCCAUCUGUAUAACCAGGUGGACGAGCUGGUUCACAGGCUGGUGAUGUUGUCCAACAAAUGCACACAGGAACUGGAAUUCAUCAUGGAGUUUAAGACUCUGGAGGAGGGCUUCAGAGAGGUGAGUCAGUGGAUAGAGGAGGUAGGAGAGUCUCGUCUGCAGACACUGAGUGAGCUGGAAGAUUCAUUGGAGCAGUUACAUCAUAAACAGAAUGUCUUCAGAGAAUUUUACUCUGCUGCAUAUGAGCACUGUAAGAGUGGUGAAGCUUUGCUGAAGCGUUUAGAGAGGUGGGAGGAUGUCUCCUCCGCAGAACUUCAGGUAUACGAGGUAAAGGUGCGAUCAUUCUGGGUCCAUCUGCAUGAUUUCUCCCAACGAGUUGAAGACACGAAGGACAAGAUUGACAGGACUAUCCGACUCUAUGAGUUCUUUGACAAGGCAUAUGAAUGGGCACUAGAGGGCAUGCGUCAUUUGGCGUGUUUUAGUAUGGAGGAGUGCGGCAUCACUGAGAAGUGCCAGAGCGUGAUCACUUGUUUGGAGACCUAUCGUAGUCAGCAUCCACCAAUCGCAGACGCCCGCUUCCAAGAGAUGAAGGACCUUGCUGUGGAGCUGAAAAGUGACCAGGGUCUCAAGCAGUGGAAGUUUGCCUGGUCCAAGUGUCAGGAAACCAAGCAGAUGUUUGAGAAAAAGCUGGAGACAGCCCUGCGAACCCGCCGCGAGAGUGACUCCAAAUCAGACUGUUCCCGUCAGAAUUCAGAUGGUAACGCCAUACCUCAGGAGCGUAGCAGUAGCCUCUCUUUCUCCUGCCGCAAAGCCUUUAGUGGAGGCUGGGGCCGUGAUAGACUAUCCUCUCAGUCUAGCAUGUCUUCAACACCGGGAAGCCCUUCAGGCAUUCACCUUGAUGCCUGUGACUCUGUCCGAACCCCAUCAGGACGUCCCUAUAGUAUUGAGCAUAGAAUUCCCCACAGUACCCCGGUAAGAUCCCAUAGGCUAACGCGUAGUAUCUCUACAGAUGAAUCUAAUCAACCACUACAUCUUGUGGGGCAAGCAAGUGUCUCCUCAUGCUCCAUCAGCCCAAGCCUCUCCUCUAUCGCACCAAACCGCAGAGUUAUGCGGAAGACCCAGAGCUUUGAUACGACCAGUAGCGAGUGUGUGUCACGGUACGGGACCUGCCAGCGAACUCUGAGUGAACCAGCGCAGAGAGGUAACACUGGGGUAUUUAUUAAGGGUCUAGAGGUGAGCAGCACAGAGGUGAUUGAUCGGCCAUACAGUCCACGAUUGCCACCCAUUCAUGGAUGGUCCUCUCCUGACCACAGCGGGAGUCCUGCUCAGGAAGCACGUGGCAAGGGCAGCAAAUUCCGUCACAUUGUGGAUGAGAUGGUCACAACGGAGCGGGAGUAUGUGCGUUCUCUGCGGUACAUCAUUGACAACUACUUCCCAGAGAUGGAGCGUGCCGACCUGCCACAGGACCUGCGGGGAAAGCGCAGCGUCAUAUUCGGGAACCUGGAGAAACUAGUGGAUUUCCAUUGCCAGUAUUUCCUUAAAGAGCUGGAGAGCUGCUGUAACCACCCACUGCGUGUCAGCCACUGCUUCCUACGACAUCAGGACCAGUUUAGCUUGUACGCCUUGUACAGCAAGAACAAGCCGAAGUCAGAUACACUCCUGGCCAGCCAUGGAAACAGCUUCUUCAGGCAUAAGCAGUUGGAGUUGGGGGAUAAGAUGGACCUGGCGUCGUACCUUCUGAAGCCCAUCCAGCGCAUGAGUAAGUACGCCCUGCUGCUGAAAGACCUGAUCAAAGAAGUGAGUGAGGUCCAGGAGCAGGAGCUAGCAUAUCUACGUGCCGCCACAGAAAUGGUCAAAUUUCAGCUUCGCCAUGGCAACGAUUUGCUCGCCAUGGACGCCAUCAGAGACUGUGAUGUGAAUCUAAAGGAACAGGGGCAGUUGGUUCGUCAAGAUGAGUUCACGAUAUGCUAUGGCAGGAAGAAGUGCCAAAGACACGUGUUCCUGUUUGAGGAUCUGGUAUUGUUCAGCAAACCUAAACGCAUAGAGGGCGGCCUAGAUGUUUACAUAUACAAGCAUUCUUUUAAGACGGCCGAUGUGGGUAUGACGGAGACAUCGGGUGAGAGUGGUUUGAGGUUUGAGAUCUGGUUCCGGAGGAGGACUUCAAAGAACCAGGCCUAUAUUCUCCAGGCCAGCAGUGCCGACAUCAAACAUGCCUGGACCUCUGACAUUGCACGGAUACUAUGGCAACAGGCUACGCGAAAUAAAGAAAUUCGGAUGCAGGAGAUGGUCUCUAUGGGGGUGGGGAAUAAACCCUUCCUGGACAUUAAACCCAGUGAUGCUGCUAUCAACAACAGGGCCAUUGACUACAUAAUGAAAGGCAGAGGGGCCAGAACACGAGCCUCCAUUGCUGUGUCUUUAUUUGACCAUUCAAACCCAUUCAAACGAGCUGCAGUCAACACUCCUGUUAGCGGGUCCCCAGUGGCCAGUGGCCCCUCCUCUUCCACACUCCUGGGGCCUUUGAAUCUCCACAUGUAUAGCAGCCAAAGUCUGUUAGCAGGGGAGAGACCUCUUAUCAGUCCCUGCAUCGAGGAAGACGAACUGGAACAUGAGACCAGCAGUCAGCCAUCAAUGACUACAGAGAGUUCAGGUUCGUCGUCUCACUGUCUGACUGGUAGCGGCUCGAGUGGCUCAGACAGCGGAUGUGUGUCCAGUCACCUGCCUGAGGCUCUGUCUGAGGAACCUAGCUCACCAAGUGGCGACUCCUGUUACUCCUCAAUCACCUCUCCAACCCAGCACAAACCCUGUUUUAACAGCCAGUACAUCUCAGCGGGAGAAGCUCAAGUUCUAGGUCCCUCUACUAUAGUGUGAACUCAGUAACCACUGCUGCUGUUUAAUAUCUGGCUGCUUGAGAAUGAGAAGACAGCGUUGCCACUCAGAUGAGGAGUACAGAGUUAGUAUUUAUUGUUCCUGAUGAGUACCAGCAAAUCUCGUCGUACACAGAGUUUAAAAACCGCUUGAAAUAGCACUGUUUCCUCUUUCUUUGUUUUUUUUUUAGCUUCAAUAGCUUUUAUAUAAAUUUUUAAAUGGUCUAUAAAAUGGAAUAAAUAUUCUUGUAUUUAUCUUUUCAAAUGUUUAGAUACAGUGGUGUUCUUUGCUGCAUUAUUAACUGUAAAUAAUUCCUAUAGUAGUGUACAAAACAGGUCUGAACUUUCAGUUUCAGUUAUUCAGUUCCCACAUUUUUGUUGUUGCCCAAUUUGCUGCAGACUGCAAUGGAUUUGAUUUAGAAAAAAAAUGCCUUAAUGUUAUAAGGCAUGUAGAAAUUAGUAUCCAAGUAUACUGAAGUUAUUGAGCAAUGUUCAAAGCAUUUUUAUCAUUUUUUUCUGUGUUCAUUACAGUGUUUGCUUAAUGAUUGUUCUUUCUUUUCAAAUCUGACCUGUGGUCAGUCGGUUCAGUUUGGACAUUAUUAUGCAGAGUCAUGUGCCUCUCCAGGUUAUGAUAGCUGGAUUGAUCCAGAAUCAGAUUUAUGUAGAGCAGACUCAGGAGUCUUCAGAACAUUAAGAUGUUAAGACUGACCUCAGGUCAGCUCUGCCCUGCACUGCUGCUCCUAGGUGCUGGGGAUUGCUGCUGACUGUUUGGAGAUGGGAGAGGGGCUUUUCAUUUCAUUUCUCUUAUUUACAUUAAUAAGUUUAACAAAAAAUAAAUGUACAUUGUUUGUAAAUAGUUGCACCGAUGGUGCUUUGAGGACAUAGCAUUUAGGAAGUGCGCUAGGUUUAUACAUGUUCAAACUAGUUAAUAUGGGAAUCACUAAAGUGCCGAUCUUUGUCUAACACACAUCUGAAUAAACAAUAAAAAAUGCAUUACAAGUUCCACUCAUAGCUGGAGCAUAAAUGUGUGUGCACAUGUUCCAGUUUCCAAACUUAACAAGUUCAUACAGAAGUAAUAAAGAUUGAUUGCUUUGUACUGAUAACAGAA